AUGUUCAAACAAGAUAGUAGAUAUUUCUCUGGUUGGCCAGGAAGUUCCCAUGAUGCAAGGGUCUUUAAAAAUUCAUCUUUGGGACACACAUUAAUAAAUAGUCCUCAAGAAAUAAUUUCUAAAAACCAGCACAUCCUCGGAGAUUCAGCAUUUCCUUUACUAGAAAAUCUCAUGGUUCCUUUCAAAUUUACUCAUAUUCUGACAGAAAAGGAAAAGUCAUUCAAUAGAAGGUUGAGUUCUACCCGAGUUGUUAUAGAACAAGCUUUUGGAUUGUUACUUGGCCGUUUCCGGAGACUUAAGAUAUUGGAAGCAAAGUCCAUUGAAUUGAUGAGCCUUACAGUGACAAGUGCUUGCAUAUUACAUAAUUUAGCAUUACAAAAUAAUGAUUUCAUAGAGAUAGACAAUUAUCAUAAUACAGAUUUAACAGAAUUUACAGAAGAAAACAAUCAAGAAUGUAGUGUUUCAUUAGCAAUCAAUCAAAGAAAUGGGGUUAAUAAAAGAAACAGGUUUCAGGUUUUAUGA